AUGGCACCUGUGGUGAGCGCUGCACUUGGCGCGCUGGGUCCCCUGCUGGUGAAGCUCGGCGGUCUGCUCGCCGGUGAGUAUGGCCGCCUCAAAGGGGUGCGCCGUGAGAUCCGCAACCUCGAAUUUGAGCUUAGAAGCAUGCAUGCUGCGCUGGAAGAGUACACGAAGCUGGAAGAUCCAAGCGGCCAAGUGAAGACAUGGAUAUCCUUGGUGCGGGAGCUGGCAUAUGAUACCGAAGACAUCUUCGACAAGUUCAUUCAUCACCUUGGUAAAGGUGGCCAUCGUGGUGGUUUCAAGGAGUUCUUGCAUAAGAUAACUCUCCCUUUGAAGACGCUUGGAGCUCGGCGCGAAAUCGCCGGCCAAAUCGAUGACUUGAAAGAUCGCAUCGAGAAAGUGAAAAAGCUCAAGGAUAGUUACAAGUUGAAUGAUGGUCCUUCUAGCACCACUGGCCAUACGGCCAUGGAUCCCAGGCUGCAUGCGGUCUUUGCUGAGGAGGCACACCUCGUGGGCGUGGAUGGUCCAAGGGAUGAUCUUGCCAAGUGGAUGGUGGAAGAAGGGAACAACUCAUUGAAACCUCGCAAGGUGUUGUCCAUUGUUGGCUUUGGUGGGAUGGGAAAACAACACUAG